UACACAAAUAAUCAAGAAGAAAGAAGAGGCUCCAAAUGUUGAAAGUCAGCAAAACAAUAUAGGAAAGAUUGAAGGAGAAAUUCCAUUUGUACAAAAGUACGAAUUUUCUCUCUCUCAAAAGUUUCUUGCUGAGGUUUGGAAGUCCACCUCUCAACCAAUUAGGGAUGCGAAGGUUUUAAUUUUCCCGCUCUAG